UGGGAAAAUGCAAUUCGCAUAAAAGAGCAACUGAGGCUCAACUGCAAAUGAUCAUCACCUACAUUAAUAUAAGCAAUCCCUCCCACAGCUGGCAUCUGUUCGCCGAUAUUUAAUUGCCCCUCCCUUAUAGUGUAUGCAUUGGACCAUACCGUAAAAAUCGACCAACCGAUACCUGAGAAUGUGGGGUCUUGGCGCUUGGAACAUUAAAAUCAGCACCCAAGAAAAACACGUCUUUUUCACGCGUCGAUCGACGGAUAGGGGCCUCCUGGCACCUAGAAACCACCAUGGAGGCACUGAGACCUCGUGGUGGUGGUGUAUCGCACGCGUCACCCCCCGGAACGGGCAACGUGGCCUCCCAGGCUCCCAGCUCGCGGAAACACUGGAUAUGCCAGACACCCCAACGCCAACCCGUUGGCGAGCCGGGAACAUGAUGCAGACUGUCCUUAAUGAUAGCAGCAUAGAGAGUGAGAACAUGGAGGAAAAUGAAGGCCAGAAGCGGAAUCAGGCAAUGAAAGAUUCUACAAAAGUCAUGGAUUGGCAGGCCAAAGCAUCAAACUUCCCUGCUAGAUACCAGCAAACAAGCCCAGGUGUUGGUGGGGGCCUUGGAAGCAGCCCAGACAUAGCAACAAGAAAUGUACCAGAUGGUCCGGGAACAGGUACAGGCACACCUGGCAGAGGAGCUGUCCAACUGGAGAGCAGAGCAGCAAAUCCAUGAAGGGAUCUAUCUAGAGCGGAUCACAAAGCUGGAACUGGAAGUCAGCCAGCUUCGUACAGAGCUCACAGAGGCCCAACACACCAUCCAGUGAAUUGGACCAGUGAAGCAGGAUACACCGGCAAUCAAUGCUCAGCUGAGCCAGGCAAACCAAAACGACAACAAUAACCAGAGCCCCAAGGCGAGGGAAACAAUGGGCCAAAAAUCAAGGCUGAAACUGUCACGGGCUCGGAAUAGUAGAUAAUAUUGAAUCAAUGUUCCUAUCUAAACUAGAGGUUUUUUAUAGGGGUUGUUGGUGGUAGGGCUGUAUAGUGGCAUUUGUGAUGUAUCAUCCGUUGAUGCGGUGUUGGGC